UACAUUCCAACCAAAACAGAGCCACCCAUUCCUCCCAAAGACAAGUAUGACAAUGGCACUGACAUGGGCGAUGGCCCUGCCAUCGGGAAUGGUUACUUCUCGCCGCAUCUCAAUUUGCUCGCCUCCUUCGCUUGCAAGGUGCAGAUGGAGGUCCAGCUCAGAAUACAGGUGUAAAGGGGUUGGACUUGCGCCCUUUAACCCCUGGGUUAAAACAGGUACCCCUAAAUAUCUGAUUCAGGUCGCUUCGUACAUUUCUCCGCCGGCUGAUUUUGUUGAAGUCCACGACUCUGUUGAUGCCACUGGUGGCAAUGAUAGUGAUGAUGACGUAACAGAGCCGGCAGUGCCUAUUAGCUGGAAUGUGAUAGCAAAGCUAUUGUUUGUACAUAAGAUGCGCCUCGCACUUUCUGUGUUUGCCCUCUUUGCUUCUACGGCUUGUACUCUCACCAUGCCUAUUCUCUCUGGGAAAUUGUUUGAAAUCCUUGUUGGCACAAGUUCAGAACAGUUAUGGCGAUUGCUUUGUACGAUGGGUUCUCUUUAUCUGUUAGAACCAAUUUUUACCAUUAUUUUUAUAACUAAUAUGAGUGCAAUCUGGGAAAGAGUGAUGGCAACCUUACGGUUCCAAAUAUUCAAAAGGAUCUUGAUCCAAAAGGUGGAGUUCUUCGAUAGGCAUAAGGUGGGUGAGUUGACAGGAUUGCUCACAUCUGACUUAGGCUCUCUCAAGGACAUUGUGAAUGAAAAUAUUUCUAGAGACCGUGGAUUCAGAGCAUUUUCAGAGUUGGUAGGAACACUGGUUAUACUUUUCUGUUUAUCAGCUCAGCUUGCUCCACUCUUAGGCAUGCUCAUCCUUUCUGUAUCUAUUCUUGUAGCUCUAUACAAACGGACCACAAUACCUAUCUUCAAGGCACAUGGGCAGACCCAAGCCCGCAUUGCUGAUUGUGCAGCCGAAACUUUUUCUGCAAUCCGCACAGUUAGAUCCUUUGGGGGAGAAAUGAAACAAAUGUCGAUGUUUGCAGAGCAGGUUUUUGCUUAUCAGAGGAGUGGAUUGAAAUUGGGAUGGCUGAAGUCUACUAACGAGUCACUUACUAGAGUCAUGGUUUACAUAUCCUUAAUGGCUCUGUACAGUAUUGGUGGAAAGAAAGUGAAAAUGGGUGAACUCUCUGUUGGAACUAUGGCAUCUUUUAUUGGCUAUACUUUCACACUGACAUUUGCAGUGCAAGGGUUUGUCAACACAUUGGGGGAUCUCCGUGGCACACUUGCUGCAGUUGAACGGAUCAAUUCUGUCAUAGGAAGAACUGAGAUUGAUGAUUCUUUGGCUUAUGGAUUAAUAAGAGAGGCUCAAAGUAAACCUGUAACUACCAGGGAAUAUGAGGCUAUGGAUCAUGAUCAAACUGCUGACGAUGCGUACGGUGUCAAUUUCAAGAUUAGACAUUUCAUGUCAGGCCUUAAAUCAAAAAGAAGUAUUCAUGAACUUGCUUGGUCUGAAGAUGUUUGUCUUGAAGAUGUGUCUUUUUCAUACCCACUGAGACCAGAUGUCCAAGUCUUGAAUGGCUUGAGUCUGAAGUUGAAUCGUGGUUCAGUAACAGCCCUGGUUGGCUCAAGUGGUGCUGGAAAAAGUACAAUUGUACAGCUUUUGGCACGCUUCUAUGAGCCAACUCAAGGUCGGAUAAUGAUAGGUAGUGAAGAUGUUCGCAUAUUUGAUAAGAGUGAAUGGGCACGAGCUAUUUCUAUUGUCAACCAGGAGCCAGUGUUAUUUGCACUUACUGUUGCAGAAAACAUUGCAUAUGGCUUGCCCAAUGAGCAUAUUGCACAAGAAGAUAUUGUUUCAGCUGCAAAAGCUGCAAACGCCCAUGAUUUUGUAAUUGCUCUUCCACAGGGUUAUGACACACUAGUUGGUGAACGUGGAAGCCUGUUAAGUGGAGGUCAAAGGCAGAGAGUUGCCAUAGCAAGGGCUCUUUUAAAGAAUUCUCCAAUAUUGAUACUUGAUGAGGCUACUAGCUCUUUGGACACUGUCAGUGAGCGCCUUGUGCAAGAAGCACUUGACCAUCUGAUGAAGGGACGAACUACUUUGGUGAUUGCACAUAGGCUGAGCACUGUGCAAAAUGCUAAUCAAAUCGCUGUAGUUUCAGAAGGAAAAGUGGUUGAAUUGGGUAGCCAUCUUGAGUUGUUAGCUCAAGGGGGGCUCUAUGCUUCACUAGUGGAUACUCAAAGACUUGGAUUUGAAUAACUAAAUUAUAGUCCAAAAUGUCUUCGUUGUACAUUAUCUGAAGAUAACUUCUCCAGAAUAUCAUAAGCAAGUUGCAUAUGCAGAAGUAUGAUUAAACUCUUUCUGGAAUAUGUUGAUUGGACAGCUGCAACAUAAGAGAAGAAAAGGUAUAAUUUUUCAUGUCAAGGAAACAUUCUGCAGUCUCGAUUACAAAUCACAAGGCUUCCUCAAGUACUUGCAGAAUUUAGUGAAUAUAACAAUUUUGUCUUCCUACUUGAGGUUUGUAGUUAGCAUAGGUUAGGGACUGAAAUGAAUAUCUGCUUCAAUCAUCUCUUCCCUACUAAAUGUUUGAAUAGACAGUAUUUAAUGAGUUGGGAUCUCCAAUCGAUAAAUUCAUAAAAAUAAUGUUUGGAAACUAAUAAUAAAAUAAUGGUGCUUAGAUGGAAA